GGAAAACGAUGUUAAGAUUAGAGGUUCUUUAUGCUUCUCAAACAGAGAUAAACGUUUUAUUUGAUUGUGAGUGACUUUUGCCUGCUCGUUGUUGUUGUUGUUAUUCUUGUUCAUCAAAAGCAGUGUAUCAGUACGAAUAGUCAAGAGUAGAAUGGAUCGAAUGGCAGUUUUACUGAUAGUUUCUUGUUUGUGUUUUUUGAGUGGUUUAGUUAGUACUGUUCUGAUACAAAAUUUGGAUGGCAAUUGGAAAUUAAAAGACGCGGAAAAACCUUUUAGCUUGGAAGCCACCGUGCCCGGUGGAAUUUACACCGAUUUGAUGAACAACAAAAUAUUGGAUGAUGUAUUUUUUGAUGAAAAUGAUCAACAAAGCAGAUGGGUUUCUCUUCGAAAUUGGGUUUAUACCAAAAUAUUUACAGUUAAUCUCAGGAAACCAGUUUAUUUAGAAGCUUUUAAUUCUACCAACAUAAGAUAUGUAACUACAAGUACUUUGUCGAGUGGUGAUUACUGGAUUCUUGAAGUAACCACUUACAUAUCUGGCAAUGUCCAGGGUAAUGUCGAUGGAAAUCUAAUUUAUUCUCUAAAAACUGAGCAAGACGUUUACGAAAUAAUUUAUCCUGUAUCAUUAAACUUUCCGAACGGUGGCGACCUGUUUUAUACAGGACAAAUUUCAAUACCAAAAAUAAAUGUAAAUAAUUGGUGGCCUAAUGGGUUUGGUAAUCAAAGUUUAUAUACUCUUAAUGUGACUUUUGUUGGUAGUGAUGGUAAAGAAACGGCGGAAAAAAUUAUCAGAAUUGGGUUUAGGACAAUUGAACUUGUACAAGAUUCUUUACAAGUCGAUAACGGAACAACGUUUUAUUUCAAAGUUAACGAUAUUCCAAUUUUCAUGAAAGGUACAAAUCUCAUUCCUGUAAAUAUAUUACCCGAGUUGGGCCAGAACGAAGCCCAAAUUAGGUACUUGUUGAAUUCUGCGAAAGACGUCCACAUGAAUAUGAUACGGGUUUGGGGAGGUGGCGUUUAUGAAUCGGACACCCUGUAUGACGUAGCCGAUGAGUUGGGGAUUAUAAUAUGGCAAGACUUUAUGUUCGCUUGUUCAAUGUACCCCACAAACGACAAAUUUUUGACAACUGUUCGAAAAGAAGUUCGCCAUCAGGUUAGAAGGUUACAGCACCAUGCAAGUAUAGGCUUAUGGGCAGGCAAUAACGAAAACGAACUUGCCCUUAGAACCAAUUGGUAUGGUACGAACAAUGAGGAUCGGUAUUUUAAAGAUUACGUAACACUGUACGUCGAUCUAAUAAAGAAAGAAUGUUUGGCAAAUGAUAAAACUAGACCAUUUUUGACAUCAAGUCCCACCAAUGGUAUUGAAUCUGAUAAGGAAGAUUAUGUGGCAAGAAAUCCUUCCAGUACUCAUUACGGAGAUGUUCAUUAUUACAAUUACGUUUUGGAUAGUUGGGAUGUCACCAUCUAUCCAAAACCGCGAUUCGCUUCGGAAUACGGUUAUCAAUCUUUGCCCUCUUUGAAGACUUGGUUGACCGCGGUAAAAGAUGUUGAAAGUUUAAAUUUAACAUCCGAUUUCAUGGAUAGUAGACAGCAUCAUCCAGAUGGAUACAUGGAAAUAUUGAUGCUUAUUAAUGAUCGAUUGAGUAGUCCUGGUAGGAAUUUAGAGGCAAUGAUGUAUUACAGUCAGAUUUUACAAGCAAUGGCGGUAAAAAUAGAAACUGAAAAUUAUAGAAGGAUGAAAAGUGUUACGUUUGAUAAUGGGGAAGGUUUAACAAUGGGCGCUUUAUACUGGCAACUAAAUGAUGUUUGGGUGGCUCCGACGUGGUCCUCUAUUGACUUUAAAAAUCGUUGGAAAAUGUUGCAUUAUUUUGCCAAGGACUUUUUUGCUCCUGUCAUCGUAACGGGGAUUCAAAUGGCUGGUUCACUUGAAAUUUACACCGUUUCCGAUUUGCUCACAACUAGGCCCAACGUUUCUGUCACACUUCAUAUUGAUGUGGAACUUCUGUAUCAAGAAAAUGUUAAUAUUGUUUUUGAUGGAGUUGACACAUUUGCAACAGUUUAUUUUAAUGAUAUUAAAAUUGGCGAAACCGACAAUAUGUUCGUUCAGUACAUUUUUGAUGUGAAGGAAUAUGUAAAGGAAAGUGGCAAAUCCGAACUUGUCAAAUCACUUUCGAUUCCGGAAUUCCUGUCUCAGAAAGGAUGUGGAAAUGAAACAUUUUCUUUGCUAAAUUGCUUCUUUUACCUUGGAGUUGAAGACGACAAUGGAGCCAUUUCACCCAAAAACUUUGUGUUCCCAACUCCUUUACGUAAAGUAAAAGCUGGUAACCCAAAAUUAACAAUUGCAUCUGUGAAACUAUUUGCGAAAAAUGUGUUUGAAGUUACCGUUAAUAGUGAUAAAGUCGCCCUUUUCGUAUGGCUAGAAACAGGGGACAUUUUUGGAAGGUUUUCUGAAAAUGGGUUUUUACAAAUUGCACCAACUAAAUCUGUCUACUUUUAUCCUGAAUCCAACGUUACAUUGCAUGACUUAAAAUCGGUUGUAAAAGUGACGAGUUUGUUUGAUAAAAAAUGGGCUCUUUCUAGCAACAAACUUAAUGACGAUAAUGUAAAAGUCAUUACUAAAAACAACUGAGAAAUUUUUCUGUCGAAGUAAAAGGAAAAUUAUAAUAAUAAUAAUCUAAUAUAAACAAAAUAAAAGUCGUUGUUGUUA